GGAAGAUCAAAAUGGGCAAAGUCCACGGCUCACUCGCUCGCGCCGGUAAGGUCCGGAACCAGACCCCCAAGGUUGCCAAACAAGAUAAGAAUAAGGCUCCUCGCGGUCGCGCACUUAAACGUCUGAAGUACACCAAACGCUUCCUUUCCAAAACCUUGAAGGUUGGCGAGAAGCUGCAGAUGAACAAACAGCCACCGGGUAAAGCCGGUUAGGGCAGUUUAAUCUUCCGAUAUAUUUGGGAUUAUUUGUUUUUUUUCGGUGAUUUGCCACAUUUAUA